AUGCGUCCGCCUGCAAUUGUAACUGGACCGCGGCCCGUGUCGGUCUUAGGGCUGCUUCUGGUAACGACUUUAACCACAGCAUUCGGAAACAGCCUGCAGUCCAUCUCAGUCCUCGUUUGGCUCCAGCCUUUCGUGCUCCUGCUUACCUAUGAAGGCUCCAUCCGGACUUUCCGCUCCUCGCUUAUUGCCCAUGUCAUCGUCAUCCUAGCCCAGGCCCUAGGCUUCACCGUUGCCUUCGCCGGCACCCUCUCCUAUCCCUCCACCACCCUCUACUCUCUCCUCGACACCUUCGGCCUGGGCACGGCUCUGGCCGCCUCCACAACGCUCUGCGCGCUGCUGCCCGCAUCCCGACUCAGCCGCCUCGCCGCCGAGUUGCUCCCCCCACCUCCCCCAGCACCCACCUACACCAGCAACUCCUUCUUCCCGACCGCGCCCCCGCCGACCCUUUCCCUCAACCUCCUGGGCCACGUCCUCCUCGUGCUGCCGGUUUGGGCUUUUCCCAUCCUCCAAUCUGCGGUCUUCACCCUCGCGGGUACCCAAAUCGGACAUUUCCACGAGCCCGGCGUCGCUCUAGCGGACUGGCCCCCCCUGGCGCAGCUGGCCUCGAUAAUCGGCCUCUGGGGUCGCGGCAGCGGCGGCGGCGCGGCCGCGGAAGCGACUAGCCGCUGGUCGCGACUAUAUCGCCCGCUACGGCGCCACAUCCUUGGCGUGGCGUGUGUGUCGUGGCUGUUGGUGGUGGUGGGAGGGGGACUGGUGUACAGCGACUCGUUUUACCAACGACCCGUGGGCGACCGCAUCGUGUUGUGGGCGGAGGAGGCCGUCAGGGUGCGCAACAGCGCCGAGGAGGCCGCGCUGCUGGCGGCCGGCCGGGACCUGCUGGUGACCCACGGGUCGUCCGGCCCGGAGGACGCAACCUACCUGGGCCUCUGCUACGAGAAGCCGCUGCUGCUAAAUGAGGAUGACUUGGCGGCUGGCGCCGAGCAAGCGGAGGGCGCCGUCAGCAGCACGACCACUGACAAUAGCAGGACAAGCAGUAGCAGCAGCAACCGCAGCAACGGCGACAGCAGUAGCAGUGGCAGUGGCAGUAGCAGUAGCAGUAGCAGUGACAACAAAAGCGGUGCGGCGGUCCGGACGACCAACAACUUCGUGCUGUUGGGCCCCAACGGUACGACACUGUGGAGCUACCGGAAGGCCUUUCCAGUACCCAUUUUGGAGGCACGAGUGGUGCCAGGUCCUCGGCAUCUGCCCACCGCGGCUAGUCCGUACGGCACGCUUGGCGGAGCCAUCUGCUUCGACAUGGACCGGCCGCAGUUCGUACGGCAGGCGGGCGUGGCGGGUGUCGAUUUGCUGCUGCAGCCGUCUUGGACGUGGGGUGCAGUGGGCCCCCGUCACUUCGCUUCAGAUGCGCUGCGUGCCGUUGAGAACGGCUUCACGACAUUCAGGUGCAGCAGCGACGGCGUCAGUGGGGUCGUAUCGCCCCACGGCGCCGCCCGGCAGUACCUCCUCACGGGAACCAGAGAUCUGCUCACCCUCACGCUCCCGCUGCAACCCCGCGUCCGUACGCCGUACGUCGCUGUCGGCUGGCUGCUGGAGUGGGUCAAUGUGGGGCUGGCGGCAGCGCUGCUGGCGCUGCUGGUGGCGGUGCCGCGGCGGCGACUGGCAGAUUGGGUUGUGCAGCCGCGGCGCGGCGCCGGUGCUGCCUUGACAGGCGGAUACCAGCAGCAGCAGCAGCAGCAGCAGGAACCAUUACUGGGGCAAGUGUGA